AUGCCCAGCGCACCCGGGCUCCGCGCCCUCUGGCUCUGUGCCGCACUCUGCGCCUCCCCGUGCGCCCCCCAGCCUGGCCCGCGGCCCGCCUGCCCGGCCCCCUGCCGCUGCCACGAGGACGGCAUCAUGCUGUCGGCCGACUGCUCUGAGCGCGGGCUCUCGGCGGUGCCGGGGGACCUGGACCGCCUGACGGCUUACCUAGACCUGAGCAUGAACAACCUCACGGAGCUCCAGCCUGGCCUCUUCCUCAACCUGCGCUUCCUGGAGGAGCUGCGUCUCUCUGGAAACCGCCUCUCGCACAUCCCGGGACAGGCGUUCUCUGGUCUCUACAGCCUGAAAAUCCUGAUGCUGCAGAACAACCUGCUAGGAGGGAUCCCUGCCGAGGCGCUGUGGGAACUGCGGAGCCUGCAGUCUCUGCGCCUCGAUGCCAACCUCAUCUCCCUGGUCCCGGACAGGAGCUUCGAGGGGCUGUCCUCCCUCCGCCACCUGUGGCUGGACGACAACGCGCUCACCGAGAUCCCCGUCAGGGCCCUCGGCAAUCUGCGCGCCCUGCAGGCCGUGACCCUGGCCCUGAACCGCAUAGGCCACGUCCCCGACUACGCCUUCCGGAACCUGUCCAGCCUCGUGGUGCUGCAUCUCCAUAACAACCACAUCCAGCAUCUGGGGACCCACAGCUUCGAGGGGCUGCGCAACCUGGAGACUCUAGACCUGAAUUACAACCAGCUGCACGAGUUCCCUGUGGCCAUCCGAACGCUGGGCCGCCUGCAGGAACUGGGUUUCCAUAACAACAACAUCAAGGCCAUCCCCGAGAAGGCCUUCCUGGGGAACCCUCUGCUGCAGACGAUACACUUUUAUGACAACCCGAUCCAGUUCGUGGGGAGGUCGGCCUGGUGCUCUAUCUCCAGAUCUCUGAAUGGUGCCACGGACAUCCAGGGGUUCCCAGAUCUCAAAGGCACCACCAGUCUGGAGAUCCUGACCCUGACCCGUGUGGGCCUCCGGCGGCUCCCCCCGGGGAUGUGCCAGCAGCUGCCCAGGCUCCGUGUCCUGGAGCUGUCUCACAACCAGAUCGAGGGGCUGCCCAGCCUGCAUGGGUGUCAGAAGCUGGAGGAAAUUGGCCUCCAGCACAACCGCAUCUGGGAAAUCAGAGCUGACACCUUCCACCAGCUGACCUCCCUGCAGGCCCUGGACCUGAGCUGGAACGCCAUCCGGUCCAUCCACCCCGAGGCCUUCGCGACCCUGCGCUCCCUGGUCAAGCUGGACCUGACGUACAACCAGCUGACCACACUGCCCCUGGCCGGGCUUGGGGGCCUGGUGCAUCUGAAGCUCAAAGGGAACUGGGCUCUGUCCCAGGCCUUCCCCAAGGACAGCUUCCCCAGACUGAGGAGGCUUCCCGUCCCCACACCUACAGAGGUCUGCCUCAGGGCAGUGUGCCGCGGCGUCUUCAAGGCCUUGGGCCAACGGGCGCCCCAGGGCCCUCACCCUGACGACCGCGACGCUCCCAAAAGGCCCCUGGGCCUCCCUGCCGGCGCAGCCGAGAGCCGCUAUGAUGUGGACCCAGACGAGCUCCAGCUGGAGGUGGAGGACCCCAGGCCACACCCCACUGUCCAGUGCAGCCCUGUUCCAGGCCCCUUCAAGCCCUGCGAGCACCUCUUCGAGAGCUGGGGCGUCCGCCUGGCCGUGUGGGCCACCGUGCUGCUCUCCGUGCUCUGCAACGGGCUGGUGCUGCUGAGCCUGUCCGCAGCCGGGCCCGGCCCCCUGCCCCCGCUCAAGUUCGUGGUGGGGGCCAUCGCAGGGGCCAACACCCUGACCGGUCUCUCCUGUGGCCUUCUCGCCUCCGUGGACGCGCUGACCUUCGGCCGGUUCGCGGAGUACGGCGCCCGCUGGGAGUCAGGCCCGGGCUGCCGGGCCGUGGGCUUCCUGGCCGUGCUGGGCUCCGAGGCCUCCGUGCUGCUGCUGACCCUGGCCGCCGUGCACUGCAGCGUGGCCGUGGCCUGUGUGCGGGCCCGUGGGAAGGCGCCGGCCCCGGGCAGCUUGCGUGCGGGGGCCCUGGGCUGCCUGGCGCUGGCGGGGCUGGCGGCCGCCCUGCCACUGGCCUCCGUGGGUGAGUACGGGGCCUCCCCGCUCUGCCUGCCGUACGCCCCGCCCGAUGGCCGGCCGGCCGCCCUGGGCUUCGCCGCGGCGCUGGCGAUGCUGAAUGCCUCCUGCUUCCUGGCGGUGGCCGCAGCCUACGUCAGGCUGUCCUGCGAGCUGCCCGGGGCCGAGCUGGAGGCCGUGUGGGACUGCGCCGCCGUGCGCCACGUGGCCCGUCUCACCUUCGCUGACGGGCUCCUCUACUGCCCUGUGGCCUUCCUGAGCCUGGCGUCCGCGCUGGGCCUCGUCCCCGUCACCCCCGAGGCCGUCAAGUCCGUGCUGCUCCUGGCGCUGCCCCUGCCCGCCUGCCUCAACCCCCUGCUCUACCUGCUCUGCAGCCCCCACUUCCGGGAGGACCUGCGGCGGCUCCGGCCCUGCCUGGGGGUCCCGGGGCCUCUCACCCUGGCGGCCGCUGGCCAGCUGGAGCCGAGCUCCUGCGACUCCACCCAGGCCCCGGUGGCCUUCUCGGACGUGGAGCUCAUCCUG